AUGGUCGUCGUAGCCGCUUCCUUCGCUGCCAGAUCUGUAUUCCGGUCGUCUUUCGUUUGUAGAGCCGACACUAGGUUCGGCUCCCAAGUGAAGGAUGUUCGCUUCCCCUUCCGCCUUCCUUCCAGGAACCCCCUGGCUCACCUCAUCUUCCGGUGUCCAGCUGAGAUGAGUUCGUGUCCUGCAAAUGGUUCAUCUAUGAUGUGCUUAGAAUAUCAGCUUCUCAGUUCUUUGCAGGCUGGUGGUGGUGGUUUUAGUGUUGAGAUAAUGGUUUUGCUACCUGUGGUGUCGAUGUCUGUGGUGGUAGAAAUUUUUUUGUUUGUUACGUUUGUUGUUGGUGGUGAUGUCGAUGUUAGUGGUGGUAGGUUGUGGUCGUGGGGUGGUCAUCGCAGUGUCAGUGGUGGUGCAGCUGUUGUUGUGGUGCCUGGUCCAGUUCCCCCCAAAUCCGUCUCUGGUGUUCAUGUCACUUUUGUGAACACAGAGUUCAACCAUAGAUGCAUCCCCAAAUCUAGAGAUCCCGACUCACUCAAAGGCCUCACAUCCUUUGGAUUUGAAACCAUUCCUGAUGGCCUUCCUUUAUCGGAUGUUGAUGCUAUACAUGAUAUCCCCUCCUUGUGUGAAACCACUAUGAAUAAUUGCUUAGCUCCAUUGAAUGACCUCUUUGUUAGACUAAGCGAUAUAGUUUCCUCGAACGUACCACUGGUUUCUUGCAUUAUUUUUGAUGGAGUUAUGAGCCUCACCCAUGAAGCUGCCGAAGAAUUAGACAUACAUGAAGUUCUCUUUUAG